GUGCUCCAACAGGACCCCGUUGCAUUCUGUUGGAGCGGGCGGAGGGGUCUUCGUCUGCUCUUAACAUAUCGUUGCCUCAGCAUCUGUCUGGGAAAUACCGUCUAAUGAAUGCACGUGUCUGUUUUGGUGGGGGGAUUAACCAUCCGAUAGCGAUCGGCUCUGUCUGCGUGAAAUAGGGAAUGAACGACGAGACAGCAUCGGACAGCUGGAAGAGAAACUCCGGGUGCUCCAGUAUUGAGCAAAUGCUGGCUGUGAAUCCCGGAAAGACGCCCAUCAGUCUGCUGCAGGAAUAUGGAACGCGGAUAGGCAAGACUCCAGUGUAUGACCUGCUGAAGGCCGAGGGACAGGCCCACCAGCCCAACUUCACAUUCCGCGUCUCCGUCGGAGAGAUCAGCUGCACCGGCCAAGGGCCCAGCAAGAAGGCAGCCAAGCACAAAGCAGCCGAGGCUGCUCUGAAGAUGCUCAAGGGAGGUCUUGGAGGUCCCGCCGGUGUUGGUGUAGGAGUAGACGGGUUUAUUGGGGUUGAUGUGUCUACUGAUGGAGACAGCUCCCAGUCAGAGAUGAAGACCUCAGGCAGUUCUCAGCAGUCUGAAUGUAACCCCGUAGGAGCUCUGCAGGAAUUGGUGGUGCAGAAAGGAUGGCGUUUGCCAGAGUACACAGUCACCCAGGAGUCUGGUCCAGCACACCGCAAGGAAUUCACCAUGACCUGCAGAGUCGAGAGAUUUGUGGAAAUCGGAAGUGGAACCUCCAAGAAGCUAGCCAAGAGAAACGCAGCAGCUAAGAUGUUAUCGCGUAUACACGACGUCCCAGUCGACCUGAGGACCAGCAACGAGGCUGACGUGGAGGAAGACACAUUCAACAUGCACAUGGGGAGCAGAGCUGAGACGGGCAAAAGUAAAGGCUUCAGCUGCACGUGGGACUCUCUGCGUAACUCUGCUGGAGAGAAGAUCCUCCAGCUCCGCAGCCACCCUCUGGGCAUGCCCACUGGCUCCAACUUCUGCUCUUUGCUCAGUGACCUAUCUGUGGAGCAGCGCUUUGACGUCAGUUACCUGGAUCUAGAGGAGCGCAGUCUGAGCGGCCUGUGCCAGUGUCUAGUGGAGCUGUCCACACAGCCAAUCACAGUGUGCCAUGGCUUUGCUCCGAGCAUAGAUGCCGCUCGAGCCAAUGCAGCCCACAAUGCACUGCAGUACCUCAAAAUCAUGGCUGGAGGAAAGUGAUAUCAUGUUCCUUCUCACAGACUGGAACCAGCAGCCUCACAAUGCCGGGAUAAAUUUCCUCUUUGGAUAACAAAGGCACUUUUGUGAUGAGUUCAAAUAACGUGAAUUACCUCAAAUGUGGAAAUAGAGACUUUUCUGUCCCCAAAAUAACCCCCGGAUUGUCUCAUGGAUUUCUUAUUGUUGCCAAUGAAGUUUAGUUGCCCAAAAACUAAUUUCCUCUUCUGCUUGACAUUUUGUAUAUUUGUCGCAAAUGAUUUAAAAAUGUAUUUUGCGUUUGCUCCGCAUCAAUACGCAACACUGUAUUUCCCUAAAAAAGAGUUUUAAAAGUCUUUAUCUGAUUUCAUAAAUGGUGCUUUUGUAGUAAGUUCCCAAAUAACUGCAGACAAAUUCUGAUGUAAAAAAAUGUGCAAACGAUCAAAGGGGUUUGUAGAAAUUGGGCCAUGGAAUCGCUAAUUACUGGUGUUUCGUUUAAUCCCCGAUCAUUGAUGGAUGGACGAAAGAAAAAAAAUUGGAGAGAAAAGGACUCUGCUGAAAAGAUGUCAGAAGAUAAUUAUUUUAAAGACUGCCCUGUUUUCAGAUGAGCAAAAUGCAGCUUUUGUCGUUUAUAAAAUUUGAACCUUAAAAACUCAAACUGUUUGUCUCUGAUGUUAAUGUUGGGCCUUAAAUAUUUUAACAUUAUGAACUCAUAAGGUUCAAGAAAUGGAAAUUAAACCUUUCUAAUCAUGUUACUCUUUGGCGUUCACAAAGUAGAACUGGUGAGAAGGAUCUGUAGACUCAGAUGACUGAAAAUGAUGAAUUGUCCUUGUAAUGUGUGUAAUUUUUCCCCUUUAUAGACUUUGUUGCUUGAGGUUGGCUCACGUUGAUCGCUUUCAGAGCAGCAAGAGAGAAAGUACUCAUAUUGUGUGUUUCGAUUGUGAGGAUAAUUAAAACAUACUCUACAACAUUACAAUUACAUUUAAAAUCCCAUUGGUCCAAUUUACUCUUGAAUGUGCCAACAUUGUAAAGUGUAAUUAUCACAGCUUCACAAUUUGAAUUUUUUUUUCUAAGACUUCUUUUAGCACACUUUUUGCAUGAGGAGUGAACCCAUUUCAGUGUAAGACAGAUGAGUUAACGAUUAGAGUGAAAGAGGAAGAAAAAAGUCUCUGACAAAGCAUUGUUGUCGUUACUUUUGACUUUUAAUACCAUAGACCAAACAAACCUAUUAUUUGGAGUUUCAAUGUUUUUGUGCUCAUUAUAACUGAUACAGUUUCAUUUAUAAUUUAAACCCCUAUGAUUUUUUUUUUUUUUGUCUCUCAAUGUGACUUUGAUUCCUGUCAUGAUAUUUGAAAAUUGAUGACGGUGAUUUUCCAGAUUAUUUUCUCCAAGCACUUGCUGUGUCUUGGUGUAAGGAUUCAUUACCACCCACCUUGAUAUUCUGCCUUGCACUCAGCUGGAACAAGUAUUGAAAAGAGUGAACAGUUUGGACUAGAUAAUGUCUUUUGCACAAUGCAGGCUGACCAUGUUUCUGUACAUCUCCUCCCACUGGUGCGUUUGAUGUUAACCUCAUUCUCUGAAAAGGCAGAUCUGCAUCUUGUUUUUCUGAUAAUUCGAAUAAGGAACUUAGGCUGUUUUUUUAAGUGAGUUUUAGUUGCUGAAACCCUUGACAACUAUGCUGACAUUUGAGAUAGACUUCUUUGUUGUGGUAGUGGAAAAGGUUGCCCAGUUUUAGAGAAACAAUGAACUACAAUGUGAGCUCCAUGUGAAAUUGACUUUGUUUCCAAUAAAACAUUUUUGUACAUUU